GAGUCUCUUCUCGUGAACUCAGGAACCCUGAUAAUGUUCGGAUGGUGUUGACGAUACAGCCUCUGUGAGUCUCUGUCGACCUCUUAUUCUCGUGAAUUACUCGUUAUUACCGUUGAAAAUUGCAAAUUCAGCAAUACAAUGAAGACAGGAUAAAUUCCACAAUGGACCGUACCACCCAGAAUCCCCGCUGGUCGCGUCCCGCGUCUUCCUCCCGGGAACCCUCCUCCUCCGACUUCCCCUCGCUGCCUUCGCACACUGCGGCCGUCCCCGCCUUCCUCGGCCCCCACCAUGCCAUCUAUCCACCCGACCACCCUCCCGCCCACUACCCCGAGGUGCAUAGCUACGCCCAGGCCGCGGCGCACCCCCCGGAGGCGCCCCCGGCCCCCCUCGCGCCCCUGCCUCCGCCGCCCCCGGAUUUUCUGGAUUUCCCCUUUUUAAAGGAUCCCCGGACCGUGGAGUAUCUGCAGCAGCGCGGCCCCCGCCUGAUGAUGAUCCUGCGGGGAUGUCCGGGCAGCGGGAAGUCUCUGAUCACUGGCGAGGUGCAGCGGGUGCUGGGGGAAGGGGUUGCCGUGCGCGUGGCCUCGGCGGAUGAUUUCUGGCGGCGCAAUCCGGCGAGGGAGUACCGGUUUGAGCGGGAGCGGCUGCCGGAGGCGCAUGAAUGGUGCCGGAUGGAGUGCGAGCGUUUUUGCAGUGUGGACCACGCGCAGCUGGUGAUCGUGGACAACACCAACAUUGAAUUCCGCGAAUUCCAGCCCUACCUCCGUCUGGCCCACCGUCACGGCUUCGCCACCCUCCUGGUGGAACCGCAGACCCCCUGGCGGUACGACGCCGGUGUCCUGUUGAAGAAGAACGUCCACGGCGUGGACCGGGAGACCAUCGAACGCCGGUUGAAGCGCCUACAGGAACGCUUCGUCUUCCCCAUGUACUACGGCUGGUUUCUGACGCCCAGCGACUCCCUGGAGCUGCUGGCGCUGGCCGUUAAGCUGGCCAACAGUAUGCUGCGGGUGGAGGAAGUGCGGCGCUAUGUCGAGGGGCAACGCGGGAGUUUAUUCGCGCGACUGACGGCCACGCCCGAGGAGGAGCAGAUGGAGUGGCCGUUGCGGCGAGAUCUGUACCAUGUCACGGCCUGCUACACGCAGUAUGGAAAACGACCGGGUGUCCAGACCUACGCCACGAGCGACGCAGUACAGAAAGCGAUGGGGAAAGUGUUCGAGCUGGAGAUUGUCGGCUUGCUGAUCACGCCGCAGACCGUGUCGUUCCGGGUGAUUCUGGACGACGAGCAGCUGCCGUUGUGGAAUCCGGAGGUGGACAACAAGUAUGCGGGAUUGCCGGUCGGGAGUCGCGCGCAUAUUACCGUGCAGACGGCCGACGGGGUGGGCGCGUAUGUCGCCGGACGGGAUAUGAUGCAGCUGGUUUUAACAGCCUGUUCGGCUGUUGCAGUGGAAUUUGUGAAUAACCAAACGUCCGAGACGAUGUCUGACGUGGACGCCGGGUUGGUGGUGAAUUAUCCCGCCGAUUUCUGGUAUCUCAACCUGAAUCAGUCCGUUAAGAUGCCGGCGCUGUUUGCGCCGUUCUACUGCCGCGAUGAAGAGAGUCGCCGGUCGACCGCCACCCCGCCGUCGGCCGGGAAGGGCGACGGACGGACGCGACGACCCCCGGUAGAAUCGUCGUCAGGCUCGUCGGAAGAACGGUCCGGUGGAUGGUAAAUACUGGAUUAUUUUUGGGAUCAGGAAAAGCAAUGGAUUUUUGCAGUAUUUGGAUUUUUUACUGGAAGAAUUGUCGAUGAUUUUGUUGGGAUAAAGCAGUGUGCCUUUUUGUAUUGUGGAUUGAUGCACAAAUUUUUAGUGGAUGCUGUAAUAGUUUUGGCCUUUUAUUUCCCGGUCGGUGUGACAGAUUGAUAAGUUGGUAUACUUUUGUUGAUUAUUUUAUACGUAAUUAAGUACGCCGAACGGUGAUUUUAAAAGUGAUGAGAAUUGAUGAGAGAUGUCUUAAUUUAAGUGAAAUUACUCAGCGCCUUUUUUGCAUGCUCAGUUUCUACGACCAACUGCAUAAUAAAUUA